UUGAUUGGAGGAGUGGCUCAGUGGAUCCCAAUCCUUGGAGCCGGAUCAGAGGAGCGUUUAGGGAAGGGAUAGGCAAGAAUGGAUGCAUGGAACGGGAUCCAUUUUCCAGGAAUCAAAUCAAUUGAACUAAUUAAGGAAUCCUAGAUGCAACUUUUUGAAUGGCCCAGUUUAUUUCAAUUUUUGAGCGGUAAAUAUGCGCAGAGUCAAAGGAUAAGGAUUAUUUACGUUUUUGGAGUAAGAAAAGGAAACUGAGGACCAGGAAGUUGGAUCAAAGGAUGCAAGGAGUCUGGCAUGACUGACAGGAAGGCAGUAAUCAAGAACGCUGACAUGUCUGAGGACAUGCAGCAGGAUGCAGUGGACUGUGCUACCCAGGCCAUGGAGAAGUACAAUAUAGAAAAGGACAUUGCAGCCUACAUAAAGAAGGAAUUUGACAAGAAGUAUAACCCUACAUGGCAUUGCAUUGUUGGAAGGAACUUCGGCAGCUACGUCACUCAUGAGACAAAGCAUUUCAUCUACUUCUACUUAGGGCAGGUGGCCAUCCUCCUCUUCAAGUCUGGCUGAGUUCUCUGAGGCCUGGAGUGCUUCUCUUCCCAACAUGGACUGUAAUGCACUGGUGGCUGAUGUCACAACUUCCCAUACACUUCAAAUAUUUAAAUGAAAACAUACCAUGAUACACAACUGGCUGUGCGCAACUGCAUGGACUAAAAUGUACCAUAUUUAAUGUGUAUAUGUUAUAGUAAAAAUAUUACUUUUCACUAGUUUCCAUAAAAUGCAACUGGAAGAGAUUUUCGUUAAUGCUACAUUUUGUUAUACUUAAUUUGUAACUGCUUUAACAGUGGCCUUUGAUUGUAUAAUAAAGGAAAGCUAGAGAUUGUAGUUGUGCAUCUGCUUUCCCCAGAGCUGUUUGGUUUUCAGUGACUUCUGUGCUGUCAUUUUAAAUGUGCUUAGUUGCUCCAGAUGUUGACCUUCUACAGCAGUUUGUAAUGCCUGUAUAUUGCCAGAGGUACAAGUGAGCCUAGCGCAGUGUAUUUGGACAUGUCGUCCCAGAUUUGCAACUGCUGUUAUCGAUCCCAUAAUCUUAUUUCAUGAGCUGGAAUGUCUCAUUUGGCAUUUUUCUAUUGCUAUUUGUAUUCCAAGCUAGUAGAGUUCCUAUGCUAACUUCUUUAGAGGCUUGGAAGUUCCAUUUGCAGACGGUUGACACCAUCCACACUUGAACCUAUUCUGGCUGUGUAACAAAGGACUGAAUGUUGGCUUUCAGGUCCUUUUGUAGACUUUCAUAUUGUAAGGAAAUAUUAAUCUUCAGUGGGUUUUUUUACUGUAUUUGCUAUGUUGGAUUUUUCUGUUUAUAGUUUGAUGCAAAUUGCUGUAUGAUUUGCACAGACGUACCUCGUAUUCUCAGUUCAUGGGCACCUGAAAUCAAUUGCACUUCACUAAAGGGAUAUUUCAGCAAUGAGGCCCUAGAUCUACUUUCCCAGAGUCAGAUUAACUUUAUACAAUUUUUGUCUGUCCAGUGUGAAGGAAGUUGGAGGUAGUUUCAUGAGCUAAUGCUAACUAGCGUUGGUGUACUGACUCGAAGUUGCUAGUAGAUAACCAUAGACUUCCAGUCAUUGCGCUAACGGAUCAAAGUUAAUUGACUCCUGGCAAGUAGCCAAAGGGCCUCAUUACCAAAAUGCUGAAGUGUCCCUUUUAAAGGUGUCCAGUAAACUUGGAAACUUUAAGUUAGUCAAUGUAUAAUCAAGUCAAUGAUUAAAAGUUUCAUUGUAUCCUG